AUGGUGGGGAUCGUGAGGACAAUGCUGGUGCUGGUGGGUAUGGAAGGAAUGCUGGUGGCCGUAUCCAUUCCGACUGGUCACUCAAUUGUACAAGGCCGGGCGAUACAAGAAGAACCUCAGUUUAUCCACUUCCUCGUUGUCACUACGGGCGAAUACAGUUCUCGGUAUUCAGUGGGAUUGUUGACAUAUGAUCGUCGUGAAUGCGCCAGACCGAAGAGAGAGAACUUGCAUGUAUCCAGAUGCUGGUGUGUCCUGUAUGUGUGUACUGGAUGUGCAAGAGUGCGUAGUUGUGGCCGCAACACGCACGAGAAGUGUGCUCUCUCCAACGGUGACGCCCACGACGCCCACGACGACGACGACGACGAUGGCUUGACCAUCCGCGACAAUCUGAAAGGACCAUCUCCUUCAUCACACUGCUGUAUCGCUGUAUGA